AAUUUAAAGAAAAUACAAAUGGCGUUACCUGGAAAAUAUCUUGCGAAAAAUCCAGAUUUUUUUGAAAUAUAUGAUGGUAAAGAUAUCACUGUUUGGAGUAUCAACAAUCACCAACUUGAAGACAAAGUAUAUACUUAUGACGAGGCUAUUGACUUAGCAGGUACUGGGUGGUAUGUGAUCGGAAUGUCAGUACUUUUGUGCAUGGCGUUGGAGGGUAUGGCUUUGGACAUGUUCGGGUUUUCCGUGGUGGUAUCCAGUGCAUGUGACUUGGAGAUCACUCACAUUCAGAAGAGUAUCCUGAUAUCCAUGCCUUUUCUAGGAUCAAUAAUCUUGGCAUACCCUUGGGGCUACUUUUCUGAUACACAAGGUCGUCUUAAAAGCUUGCGUUUCUCUUUGUGGGGAAGCUUCAUCCUCGCCAGUAUCAGCGCAUUCUCACCUAAUUGGAUAGUACUUGCUGUUCUAAAGUUUUGCAGCUCCAGUUUCUCAAGUGGAAUACAGUCUAUCGGGCUUACGUUACUCGGGGAAUCCUGCUCUACGAAAUUAAAAGGAAAACUCGUAAUAGGAGUCACUUUUUCAUUGUUUAUAUCAUUUGCAGUUUACAAUAUUUGGGCAUAUUUCAUCCUAAGUCUCGACUUCGCGUUCGAUCUCGGAUUCAUAAUCUUUAAACCUUGGAGACUUCUGGCGCUGGUUUUAGCUUUACCUCUCGGUAUAUCAUUAGUUCUAGCAAAUUACUUCUGCGAGAGCCCAAAGUUUGUGCUGAAUAGUGGACAUGAGAGAAGGGCUGUAAAACUUCUUACGAAAAUUAGUGAACGAAAUGGCAUUAAAGUGAAUACAUAUCCAGUUAAGAGAGUGGUUCUACAUGAGACAACAUCACUGAGAAAAAAAGACUAUUCGCUACUACAGUCUCUGAUGGAUCAAACGUUUCCACUGUUCAAGCCGCCCCUGCUCUAUAGAAUCGUACAACUAUUUUAUAUAACGACUGUUGUUUACGCAACCAAUAAUGGUUUUUACGCUUGGUUUCCUUUGGUAAUGGAGACGUUUAAUACGGGUAAUGAUAAAAAUGUCGCAGCUGAUAACUUAUGUGGUUUGAUAAGCAAUUAUAAAGAACUGAAUAAUAAUGAAAUGUGCAUAACGUCGGUAACUGAAUUUUCAGUUUGGGUAAGCCUUAUCCAGGGCGUAUUGUAUGGCGUACUCAUUUUUAUAGUCGCCUGGCUAAACGGGAGAAAGAAAACAGUUUUAAUAAUACUUCUAUUUAUUUCUUCCACUUCUGGAUUCUUCAUCCCACUUGUUCCUGGAAGGAUACUAAGCAUAUGUUUAUUUUGCGGGUUCAUGAUUAACUCCGUUUGUCUUGCAAUUAUUUUCUCCUAUUACGUCGAUAUGUUUCCGACGUCCUAUCGCGGUAUGGCAGCGUGUUUGGGAGUAAUGGUAGCCCGGAUAAGCGCGCUAGCUGGCACGAAUCUUGUUGGAGCUUAUCUAGUAACUCAUUGCGCUAACUCAUUAUAUUCUUGGAGUGCAUUUGUAUUAAGCGGUCUCGUCGUAUCCUGUUUCCUACCACCAGAUAAACCUAAGAAAUGACGUUUAAUAUUCUAAAAAUAGACAUAAUACUUAUUAUAAACAAUGUAUGCUAUGUUUCAAUUAAAGUCAUAUCUCGCCCACGUGAUCUCUUGAAACUCUUUGAAAGUGCUUAUUUAGUUUUUUCGAUAUAAGGUAAAUAAAUUGUUUCUUAUGUUUUAAGUAACUUGGUAUGAGACCUAUUGUAAACAACAACAAAUAAAUAAAUGAUAUAAAACAUA